UACAGGGUCUGAUGGGUACAUACGGGGUAGACAGUCCCUCUCCUGGGUCGUUGAUCUUUCUAGCUUUCUUUCCGUAGUGACCGUCUUGCCGUUCAUAAAACUCUGCGACGUGGUUCUCUUUUAAUCAUUACCCCUUUGUGUGCUAUGAUGGAGCAACCGCAGUCGAAGUACUCGAACCAGCGAGUUCCUGGAAAGGAGCAUAUUCCCCUUUACCCUAAAGGAUUCGUUGCCAUCCGCAUUAUUCAGCUGAUUUUCAGCAUUAUAUGUUUGGGGUUAAGUGCUUUCGGCAUCGUCUAUCUCGUUUUUGCAGGAGAUGCCCUGACGCUUUUUACCUCCAUUGCGACCAUCAUCACUAGUAUAUAUUGUCUCGUCGCCCAUUUCGGUCCCGCGAAGGCGUACAACUACUGGGCAAUACUCGGCUUGGAUAUAUUCCUUGUUAUCUUCUGGCUAAUUUCAUUUGCCAUCCUUGCUGCCCAAGUCGCCUCCGCGUUCGCUUCUUACCACUCAUAUAGCGACUACUAUGGCGGAUACUACGACUUCAGCGAGUACGAUGCUGCAAUCGACACGUAUGGCGGUUGCUUAGCUGGAGCAGCAGGUUUAGGUGGAGUAGAAUUUCUUCUCUACAUCAUCUCACUAUCGAUUCAUGGUGUCAUGCUACACCGACACCGAAAGGCUGGUCUCAAGUGCAUGCCCAUUCACGGGACUCCCGGUGGUACAGGUGCCGGCGUUGAACUAUCGGCCGGCGGAGAGAAAUUUCAGAUGCAGCCUCAACCUGCGCAUGUCUAUCAAGAACCCAACCCUAUGGCUGGACAUCCUCCGCCCCCCCAGGGGUACUAUCCACCGCAGUCGCCGUCGCCGCUCUCCUCUCAACCCACCGGCGGCACCUAUGUUCAGCCCCAGCAGAUGGGAAACCCCGGCCAGCCUAUCUACGAGGUUCCUGGUCAAGCCCAACAAUAUCACGCCCCCUAGUAACCGAGGGCACAUGGGUGGAGGGGAAUGAAUGAACCGUUUUCGAAUGAAGUUGUACGGUAGCUAGCAAGCCAUAUAUUUCAUU